AUGGCGUACUACGGGGACGGUGGCCGCGCUGGAUUUCAUGACAGCGAUUUCGGCGGAGACUUCAACAACCAAGAAGCAAGCGGGCGGAGGUACAGGGACUUCGACGAUAGGCGCGACUUGCGUUAUGCCCGAGGUGGAGAAUCGACGACCCUCUCCUACACGGAGAUCGCCGGAGAGGACGAGGAGGUCGAGGUCAAGGUCAAGGUCAAGGUCAAGGUCAAGGUCAAGGUCCUGGUCCUCGAGAUCCAGAUCUUGGUCCCGGGAUCGUUCGUACGGCCGGUCCAGAGAGCGCUACCCGAGGUGAUUGGGAAAAGUGAAGUGCAAGUAGAUGUGAAGUUGGUGUUGGAGUGGGGGACAACCUGCGUGAGCCCAAACUGUACAUGGACGAGCCGCCUCGGAAGAGACACCGCGAUGAAGAGUAUCCUCCCACAUCCCUUGGAGGAGUAUCCAGUGUUGUCUGAUUCGUUGCUUUUCGUUGCGGCGGUUAGCUUCCAGCGGGAGAGGCCACGGGAGAACAUCGAGCCCAACAGAACGCUUGUCCUGCGAGGCCUGAGUUAUGCAACAACUGAAGACGAUGUCCGUCAAGCGCUGGCUAAGUUCACCGUCCCGACCAGCGUCCGGAUUGCCAAGGACCGCAACACUGGGGAGUCCAGGGGACUCGCGUUUGUGGACAUGGAUACGCUGCAGACUGCGGAGGAGGUGAUGGACACCCUUCGUGGAUGCAUCUUCAUACAGGGAGUUCAGGCACGGAUCGAGUUCAGCAGAGACACGUCGAGGCAAGACAACUCCAACGCGGCGAAUGCCAAACAGGAUUGGAUCUGUGCAUCGUGCAACACGAUGAACUUCGCAAGGCGGAACGUGUGCUUCACGUGCUCGCUGCCGCGGGAUGGGAACGAGCUCCCGCUCUCGCAGAUUCCUGCCAUGAACGCCUCGGGGAUGGCAGAGAUGGUCGAGAAGCCGAGCUCGAUCCUGCUCUUGCGAGGACUGGCGCCGCAAACGACGGAUUAUCACAUCAGGAUCGCUAUGUCGCAAUGGCCGCCCAGGAUCACUGAGAUAAGGAUCAUCCCGGACAAGAAUAUGUGUUUUGUUGACUAUGGAAACGUCCUGUCGUCUCAGGCUGUCUACAAGUAUGCGUCUCAGGGGCUUCUCAUUAUGGGGAGUUCCAUCUCUGUCUCCUAUGCACGACCCAAGGACGUAGCCGAUGCCGGCUAUGCAGCGACUGGCAUCGGGCAGGGCAACAUUGCAGUCGAGCAAGCCAUGGCCAUCGGGUCCGGGCAGGCCUUCCCCACCCCAGCUAACGUCCCAGCUGGGUUUGUGUACGACGAGAGCUCAGGGUGGUACUAUCACGCACAGACCAACUACUACUUCGACGCCUCUACCAACAUCUACUACGAGCCGACUGCUCAAAAGUACUACAAGUUCGACUUCGAGACCCAGCAGUACGCGGAGAUCGAGGGCCACCAGGGAACGUGGGGGCAGAACUCGAACGUAUCGACGGAGAAGUCUGCGGCUCAAGUGGCGGCGGAGGCAGCAGCUGCCGCGCAAGCUGCGAUGGAGAAGAUGGAGAAGAACAAGAAGAAGAAGGGCAGUGGCAUCACUGGCAUGAAGAUCAAUGUUGGUGCGGACCUGAACAAAUGGAAAAGCAAGCAAGAUCAUCCAGCUCGCAUGACGUUCGAGCAGGUUGCAGCUAGCUCGGGGGAGGCCCCAUCAGCAGCCCCAACUACUGGGCCAGGAGGGAACAUUUCAGCAGUGCUCGCCAAUGGGACGGGCGUUUGCUACAUUUGCAGGCGAAAGUUCGGGUCUGCUGAGCAGUUGAAGAAGCAUGAGGACCAGUCGGACAUGCACCGGCAGAAGCUUGCCGAGCACAAGAAGGUUGAGAUCGAGAAGAUCAAGAGGGAGGUCAUGGCAGAGCAGCACGCCAUGGAGAAGAAGGCACUGAGGCAGGAAAAAGCAAGGAAGUACGCGGAGCUCGCACGAGAGGUCGAGGAGGAGGUUGACGCGGGAGCUAGUCACUGA